AUGGUCUUAGCCAAAUGUGCCGAACUAGAAAAGCGAGAUGUAACACUGUCACCAAAGGUACGGUUCAAAUUGACAUUUACGAAACUGAACUAUCGGCAAUUGGCGAACAUCCUCCCUUUUCACGGCGGAGAUUUCAGAAAAACACAACUUCCGGCAAUUGACGAAAGUUCAGUGCCAAGAAGCCUUGGGGAUGUUCGUAUUAGCUCAUACUGGUGCCUGUUGAAUGACCAUGUAUUUGAAAUCUUCAUUGAUUUAUCUAAGAAUAUUGUUUGUGUGUGGUAA